GCAGGCGGCGCCGUGAAGCGCUUUGUGUUCAGUGACGGUGAGACAGACCUUCAGAGCCAAAACACAGCUAGACGGAAGGAAGGCAGGAAGAAACGAGACUUCAUGCAGCUGGAGAGGAGAAGCUCGGGGUCAUGAGUCGCCAAACCUCACCUGCAGGAGUUGAGUGUGUGUCUGCCUGCGCAGUGAUGAGGGACUGGUGGCAGCGUGUGGUUCUGCUGUUCUGCGUUCCUCUUCUCGCCGUCUACCUGCACAUCCCGCCCCCUCCGCUCUCACCUGCCCUGCACACCUGGCACUCCUCCGGGCGCUUCUUCAGCUUCAGGGGUAACAACAUCUUUUACAGAGAGUCUCUGGGAGCUGUGGGGAGCUCUGAUGUGGUGCUGCUGCUUCAUGGGUUUCCCACCUCCAGCUACGACUGGCACAAGGUUUGGGAGCCUCUGAGUCAGCGCUUUAACAGAGUCAUCGCACUCGACUUCCUCGGCUUCGGCUUCUCGGAUAAACCUAGGCCACAUCGGUAUUCGGUGUUCGAACAGGCCGGUGUAGUGGAGGCUUUAAUCUCACAUCUGGGUCUCGCUGAGCAGAAGAUCAACCUGCUGUCUCACAACUAUGGAGACACCGUAGCACUCGAGCUCCUCUACAGGAGUGACAACAACCGAACUGGACACAUGGCCAUAAACAGCCUCUGCCUUUCAAAUGGAGGUAUCUUCCCUGAGACGCAUCACCCCAGGUUUCUUCAGAAGGUCCUGAAGGAUUAUGGUUUCAUCUCCUCUCUGCUUACCAGACUUAUGAACUACUACCUCUUCUCUAAAGGGAUCGGAGAAGUCUUCGGUCCGUACACGCAGCCCACUGAAGCCGAUCUGUGGGACAUGUGGACAGGAAUCCGCUUUAAUGAUGGAAAUUUGGUGAUGGACAGCAUCCUGCAGUACAUUAAUCAGAGACUGAAGCACAGAGAGAGAUGGGUUGGAGCUCUCACGUCUACAUUAACCCCAUUGCACAUGAUCUACGGCCCUCUGGAUCCGGUGAAUCCGUCCCCUCAGUUUAUUCAUCUCUACCAAAAGCUGGUUCCUCGGUCGACUAUAACCGUUCUGGACGAGCACAUCAGCCAUUACCCACAGCUGGAGGAUCCCACAGGCUUCACCAACGCCUACCUCAACUUCAUCAACUCGUUCUGAGCGGCACUGGAGAAGAGGUGAAGAGAAAUCACAGCCCAGGGACACGGUUCUUAUAGAGAGACGGUGAGAGAAGCGUACUGAGGAACCGCAAAAGAGGAGGACAUUUCUUUUUGGGUAUUUAAUUUGCGGGGAUUAUUUUGAUUGAUAUUGAAAUACUAAGCGCUUAACGGCAAGUCUACAAAUUAUUCACUGAUUACAGCAGGCUGGAGUAACUCCUCUGGUGCCUAAACUGAACAAAUGUGAUGUUUCAGAUUAUAAACUGGAUCCUUUAAGAUAAGUGUAAUCUUUAUAGAUUUCACCUCUGUACCUUAAAUAACAGACGGAUGAGUCUGAUCUGAGUGUGAACAAGUUCAACCAAUCAGCAGGUAGGGAGUGAAACAGUGCCUAGAGAUGAUCAGCACUUUGCUCACGGUUCACCAUCAAGACGUGUUUAGAAAACGGAGCAGGAGUUCUGCACGUGUAUCCGAGUCUCGCAGAGCGGUCACUAUUCGAAUGCAAGGUGAAAAAUUCAUAUUCUAGUGCUGUUUACGGUGUUGUUAGUGUCACCUGCUCUUAAUUAGAAAUCUUGUUAGUGAUCAAAUAUGAAGAGAUUCCCUGUAAGGUACUGAUUAUAAUAAAUAAAGCUAAUCUAGAGAACAUGCUAGGCUAGUUAGCUAGCCAAUAUUUGCUAGGAGGAGAGUGUCGCUAUGGUUACAGUGUUCACUUUUUAAACCCAUAUUCUAACAUGAAUAUUAACAUGCAGCCUAAGCGCAUUAGACAGAUUUUAAUUGUGUAGUUCAGCCUCUGAUCCAGCAGAGGGCAGCCUAAACGUUUUAAAUGUUCUCGUGGCCCAUCAGUAAAUUAAGCGACUGAUACAAAUAUGGAAGAUAACACCAAGACGAGCGGCGCUGCCUUAAGCGGACAAUUACGACCCCCAAAUCAUCUAAAAGCAGUUUGUGGAAGUAUUUUGGGUUCUACACUGUAGAGGGUCAAAGAAGGGUUCUAUAAGCUAGCUCUGGAUACUGUGACAUGUAAAUAAUUUGUUGUGUAUGAGGGCCGGUCUUAUAGGUGAUACAGUGCCAAGGUUUUCUAUCCAUGGGGGGGUGUUGUCUCUGCAGCUGCUGAUCAUCAUCUAGGGCGUAAAUCGGGACACUCUGAAAGGACUUCACAUCGUCAGUAUUAUCUGAUUUUAAAGAGGUUAAAAUUGAGAAAGUAAGAAAUUGUUUGAUUAAAUGUUGAUUCUUUGACUUUUGGGAAGUGAAGCGUAUAUAAGAUGAGAGGUCCCUGUACCUGGUCCAGGAGAGCCACAUGUCCCAGUCUGGGAACCCGAGUCUUGGGCCGUGUCCACACUAAUACAUUUUCGUUUUAAAACGCAUAUUUUUCUAUCAGUUUUGGCGUUCAUCCACACUGAGACGCCGUUUUUAGUCAGGCGGAUAAAUUUGAAAACGCCUAUUUUGUGUCGCAGUGUGAAAAAUGAGGCUUUUGAAAACGAUGCUGCAUUUGCAGUCAUGUGACCAGUUCAGCUAAAAUGACGUCUACAAGCUCGCUCGUUUUUGCAGCUUUAUACUCCUGUGUUACAGCAACAUCUCCAUCUCACUGUCGGUCCAUUUAAAAAACUCGCUGCUUUUCCUCGACUUAUUGCAGCGAUUUUGCAAAGAGCUGGAGAGUAAACAAACACCAGACGGACGCCUCUUACGUGUUACUCUCGUGCAGUACAGGGAUGUAAGCGUUUUCAGACGUUUCAAUGUGGAUGCAGAGCGUUUUCAGACGAUAGUGUAGAUGUAGCCUUGGAGCUCUGUGAAUUGUUUAUCAUGAGGUUUAAUAGCAAGGAAUUAAAUCCUGCAUCACACCAGCUUCAGAUGUAUGCAAUUUGAUUAAAAUAGUGAAUAUUUUUGAACAUGUACUUGCAACAAAUCAACAAA